GGACUGUGGGCGGAAAGUAGACGCAGUUUUCUUCAUUUAGUGGAAGAAGAACCAGCGCGAGGAACGCGGAGAGUUAAACACGCGAUAAGGAUCAUUAAUAGACGUCUGCCAUCAUCAUUUGUGUUUUUUUAAUUACUUCAUUAUUUGGCAGCAACAUGUUUUCGACGAUUUCGACGAAUCUCCAAAGUUUGAUGUUGCUCGCUGUGAUGUGCGCGUGCGCGGUCUCGGCCAAGAAAAAUAACGGCAGUUUUUCUCCAAAGACCUUCCUUUAUGGCAGUCCGUCAGAGGAGGAGGACCUAUCGCAAUAUCUGGAAAAUUAUGAUUCCACCGGAUAUAUCCGCCCUGUAUCUCAUCUGGGGCUUAAUAUAACAAACAGCAGCAGGAAGAAUCUCUCAGAGGAGGCACGCCUGUUCCUAACCGGCCCUGUGUCCAAAAUCAUCAUCCCAUCCUUCUACACAGUGGUCUGUCUCAUCAGUGUACCCAUUAACUUGUGUGCACUGCUGGUCCUGGCUCGGAGGAUCAGGCCUAAGAAGCCAGCAGCGAUCUACAUGCUGAACCUGGCCUGUGCUGACCUGCUCUUUGCCAUGGUGCUGCCUUUCAGGAUCUCCUACCACUUCAAUGGAAAUGACUGGAUAUUCGGUCCUGCCGUGUGCCAUAUAGUCACCGCAGCCUUCUACUGGAACAUGUACUGCUCCAUUCUGCUCAUCGCCCUCAUCAGCGUGGACCGGCUCCUCGCUGUGGUCUAUCCUAUCAACUCCCUAUCAUGGAGGAGUCCUAAAAACGCCACCAUUGCCUGUGCAGCCAUGUGGAUCUUGUCCUUUGCUGGCUCUCUGCACCUCCUUUUCACUGAACAGACUUUCAGCCUCACAGAGUUGAACAUCACCACCUGCCAUGACAUCCAACAUUUACAGCAUUUCUGGGUCUAUAAAACCUACUUCAUCACACUCUGCGUCCUCCUCUUCUUCCUGCCUCUGAUUGUCACGGUGGUGUCAUACACGAGGGUCAUUGUAACCCUAAGCAGGGGCCCACCAGGAGCUCCAGGCCGCUCACGCAAAAGGAGAAGAGCGAUCGUGAUGGCGCUCACUGUGCUGGUCAUGUUUGUGCUGUGUUUCACGCCCACUAAUGUCUUCCUCCUCAUGCAACAGCUGCAGUUCAAGAAGGGGGAAGAGUCAAGCCGGGAGGCCUCAGAUGGCCUCUAUGUAGUCUAUUUGGUCUUCCUGUGUCUGGGGAGUCUGAACUGCCUCCUGGAUCCUCUGGUCUACUACUUUGGAUCAUCACAAUGCCAGAGAGAGCUAUUCAGUGUGCUGAGGUGUCAGAGGAUCACAGAGGGCAGCGGCAGCAGACUUUCGUCGUCUGAUCUAAGCAGAUCCUCCAGCAGAACUCUUCUGAAAUCCAGCCGUAAAGACAGUUCCAAAACAAAUGCUCCACUCACUAAAAUGGACUCAAUUCAAGCAAAUCCUAGCUGCCAGUACAAGAAACUCUUAGUCUGAUAAACACAUCUAGAGGUUUUUUUUUAAGUCUUACAAUCUCUGGGUCCCAUUUUAAAAAAAUAUUUUGGAGUUUAAAUGAUGUCAAGGUAGAACGCUUUGGUAUUGCUUCAAAGGUUCUCCAAUUUUCCAUACUUCAAUACUUUUCAAUAAUUUACAUGAGUUUUGAUCCAAAAGAACCAAUGCUAGAUAGUUCCUAGGCAGCUUUUUUCUUUUCCAGUUAAACACGCAUUUAAAUUGGGUUUACCAACUAGCCAAGAGUGGAAAAAAAGGCUCAGAAAACAGUCAAAUUCAUCAAAGGGGCAUUGCGUCAGACAGUAUAUGAUGUGAGACUGGUGUGCUGAGUAGAGUGUGGCUAAAGUUAGCAGUUAGCUCCACCAGCCUACGCUCCUUUUUGCAGAUUAACAUGUGGUUACUCAUCACUUCUGUUUAGUGGUUAUACAUGAGCAUAACCUCAACAGCCUACAUACAACUGUAUUUUCAUUUUGUUGUUCAAAACACUGCAAUACCGAUGCUAUUCCUACAAGAUGCUAACUGCUACAUUUGGUGGAGAGCUGGUGGAAAGCUCUGACAAGCUAUUGAUGGGUAAAUCUUGUCCAACUAAUAUGAUAUCCGGACUUAACUGUUUGGCCGGUUAACAGCAUGCAUCCUUCAGCUAAGCUUUUAAACACACAGAUUUUCAAGGGUGCAGAUGGCCCUGAGGUUAGGUCACGCUCCAUCUAUGUAGGCAGUCCAGGUUCAGGUGUGGCCUGCAGGUCCUUUCCCGUAUGCCACUCUCCCACUCCCUCACUCUUUCUCUAGCUCUAAUAAAGGCAUGAAAAGCUUAAAAAUCUACAUAAAAAAACACAUUUUCAGGUAUUUUCUAACCCAAAGAAAAUAUGGCGUAUAAUUUGCAACAAAAAAAUGUGCAACUUUAGCACAAGAUGUAGCUGCAGCAAAUGUCUUCACUGCUCUCCUUCACCCACUUUUCAAAAAGUUGCCAAAGCUUAGACAAUGGGCAGGAAAUUUUCUGCAAUUUUUCUUAAUUGAAAGCAAGAAAUCACCCAGAACAGGGUCUCUACAACUUCAAUACUUGUUUCUGUGGUUUUAAACGUGUACAGAUAAGGCUUGAUUACUUUUGAUUUCUCCUAUAUCAAAGUUAAUCUUAUGUCAUGAAAAACAAGCAUUUUAUCAAUUUAUACAUACAUUAUCUAUACUCCUUGUCCCAUUUGGGGUCACUGUGGGCAGGAGCUGAUCCCAGCUGUCACUGGGCAAGAAGCAGGCCACAUCCUAGACUGGCAGCCAACCAUAGGUUUGAUAUAAAGAGACAGCCAGGACCUCCCAUUCACACCUAUGGAUAAUUUAGACUCACUAAUCAACCUAUCGAGGUAGAGAACCAAUGCAUGCUGUUUCUGAUAUCCUAGUUUUAUACACAGUGAUACACUUGUUCUGGUUUAAAUUCACAAUUUGUGUGCAUGAAUGAAAGAGCAGCAAUGGUCCAAAGGUUGGCAAAUGCAUCCUAUAAAGAUGCCAGGGUCUCUUGCACACAGACAGACUGCAGAGGAGUUGACACUGUCUAAAUUGCUCUGAUGCAUUAGUGGAAUUAAACACUGUGCUGGAUUUCCCUUGCAUUUUUGCUGAAUGAAAGCCAGAAAUGACCCAAAUUAUGGUGCUUAGGACUUCUAUUUUUGUUUCAAUUGUAUCACUGUAUUUAUAUAGUUUGAUUUUGACUGAUUAGAGUUUUAAAUUCUGGUGUUGUGACAAACCUAGGUGCAUGAGAUUGCUUCAGCCUACAGCUGCAACACAGGCUAUGACAGCUAAAAUGUGUGAUUGAGGCAACCAACAAUAAGCAAGAAAAAGGAAGGAAACCAAAGCACUAAUUUUGUCACUAAAGUCUCACUUUGAAAAAGUGAUGUGACAACAGUUUGCAGUUGAAAUAGUUUUACAAAAAGUCUAAAUGUGUUGCAGUUAUUUCCAUAACAUUUUAACUAGAACUGCAAGAGCCUGUCAGUCCAAAUAUGAGGGGCUUUACAGGAUACACUGUGAUCACAGGGCUGGCAAUGUGGACCAAAGAUAUAACUGUUAUAUUUUUAAUCUAAAUGCCAAUACAUGGCAAACACUUCUGUAUUUUCUUAAAGAAUAACAAAAACAAAUCCUGUUGUAAGAUAAAUCUACAUGGGCCAAAUGCUAAAUGUCACAGCUAGCUGUAUGUCAAUAUGCUCAUGAAAAACAACAGAAGAACUAAAAGUUUGUGGAAAAAAAAAGAAAAAAUCCUUAAAGGGUAUAAAAUAAUCCAAACAAUAAUGCCCCAUUAAGACUAAACCUUUAGGAUAGAGUAUCGUAAUCAAUGAGCACAUAGCUGCAUGCGAUUUUUAGCAUAGGCCAUCUUUCUACUGGGCUUUAUAUUGCCCUACCCUUUAUCCCAAAUGAAAGUAUUUCAAUUUAUAUAAAAAUAUUGAUAUCUAGCUCAGUCCAGUGUGAAUAUGAAUAAAACAUCUAACAUUCAGCAAGUUUGCAGCUGCAAGCUGACGCAAUCUACCUAAAGCAAUGCAAAAAAAUGUUUACCUAUUCAUCAUUUACACUCCAAAAUGAGCGUAAAUAUGACACAGGUUGAAAAUAUCUUAAGUGGUCUUUAUUCUGACUACUUAAAUGACUCUUACAUGUGAAUUCAGAGUCACUAAACAGCAGAAAUGUGACAUUUUAAAGUCAAAGAAGUAGAAAAUAAAGGGGCUCAAAGUUAUUCUUCCUUUAGUAUGAAAGGGAAGGUAUCACACCAGUGUUAAGUAGCUGAAGUGACUUUCAGUGGAGACUGGAUUAUGAAUACAUGAGUAAUAUGAAGUUUGUUUUAACAGAGCUCUAUUCAUCUUCCGAUGCUAUGAAAUGCUUUUGAUUCCAUGUUUUUUCUUAUAAGCUGCAAAUGAUCUUUAAAGCGUUACAGUAAAUAGAAGUAAAGUUAUCUUAUAGAUCUAUUUUGUAUUGUCUUUGUUUAGAAAAGCUUCUUUCUCAAGCACUUAUGUCUCAUGUUUUUUGGAAAAUGUGUAUCAACGUACUGUUUUGCACUUGAAUAUACCAUAUGUUUUUCUUUUUUUGCCACUUGUUUGUUACAGUAUUGUAAUAUCAUUUAUUAAACGUAUCAGCAUUGCGACAGUGUUACAUAGAAAAUAAUGGGCUGAUUAAACGUCACAGCAUGGCUUAUUUAGCCUCACUCUGCCCUCUGCUGGUGGGAAAUGCGAAUUACUUCAGGCAAAUUAUUUCAAAGCCACCCUAUUCUAUCCAGCAGGUGGCGCUAUUGCACUGUUAAUAAAAGUUAACAUGCAGGAUUGCACCUGAACUCAAGUAUCUCUGUUUUUCAGUGCUACACGGGAUUUAUGAUUAUGUAAAGGAACAAUAAAUGUAAUCCAUAUUUUUUACAUUAAAUCAU